AUGUUCUUGAGCUCAUUAUUCAUUGCCCUGACGGCAUCCGCCCCUCUUUUGGUAUCCGCUGCGCCCUCUCGUCUGACUAGGCGCGCCGCCGCCUCCGAUGUUCUGGUCUUCAAAUUCGCUGAUGUUUUGGAGCAACUGGAAUCCGCCUUCUAUUGCCAAGCUCUCAAAAAAUUCCAAUCUAGCGAUUUCACAGCUGCAGGGUUCAGCUCUAGUCUAAUUCCUAUCGAGCAAUUCAAGACCAUCCAGGUCGAUGAAGCCACUCAUAGCACCGUACUUCAGGCUGCUUUGAAGUCGUUUGGAGAGACCCCCAUCACAUCUUGCAAGUUUAACUUUGCAGGUGCCCUGACGGACGUUGCAACUAUGGCUGCGACUGCCCGUGUAGUUGAGAAUGUUGGUGUCUCGGCGUACCUUGGUGGUGCUACCCUCAUUACCGAUCCCGUCCUCUUGGAUGCUGCCGGCUCCAUCUUGACCGUUGAGGCUCGCCAUCAAACAAUUCUCAACAUACUCUCUGGCACAGGAACGGCCAUCCCAGCGGCCUUUGACAUUCCUCUUGCCCCUAAUGAGAUUUUGGCUAUUGCUGGCCCUUUCUUUGAUGGGCCAUGCGAUCUUGGCAUUGCAGCAAAUCCCACUCUCGCAAUCACCAACACCGGUACCGUUGCGCCAGGAACCAAGCUGACCUUUAGCUCGUCUGCCAUCAACGGUUCCACCGAUAACCUCUUCUGCCAAAUGAUGCUUGGUGGCCAGCCCAACUCCAUUGCUCUGCCAUUCAACAACUGUGUCGUCCCAUCAGGGAUUAACGGCCCCGUCGCUAUCUUCAUCACCUCCGACGGCCAACCAUUGGUCAACAACAUUCGCGAUCGUGCCUCGACCCAGCUCGUUGCCGGUCCAACGAUGGCAUUCAUUGAUACUCAACCCCAGACCAUCGGCUCGCUUGUCCGCGGUACCGGCUCAGCUGUGGCAUCCACCAGCACGACCACCAUCAGCCCUGCUGAGGCCUCUGCCAUUAUUGCCUCAGCAACUCCUGUUGCUCUCUCCACCCCUUCCUUGGCCAACAGUGUCAUCAGCACGAACGGCGGACCCAAUAAGUUCACGGGCAAGUCGCCAGACGGGAACCUUAUCGUCAAUGGCUGGAGCUCAACGUGA